AUGGGACGCAUAGAGGUGUGUCGUCAUUCGUCGUGCAUGCCGGGAAUUCAACAUUUUUCGGUUACGGGGUUCAAUUUCGUUGUUAUUACAUUCUAUUUUAAUUUCGGAGUAAUCUUCGUUCUCUUGCGCUUUUCGCUUUCGGAAAGUAACGGUUGUUUAACGCCAGCAGAACUGUUGCAGCGUCUUAGCUGCAACAGCAACAGCAACAGCUCCACAGCUGAAACCUCUAGCACCAACAACACCACCACCACCACAACCACAACCAUUACAACAACCAACAACAACAAUAGCAACAGCAAACUUAAUAUUAGCAUUAACCUUAGCAGAACAGCAACACCACCCGCAACAGCCACAAAAGACUGCGACGAGAAUUCGUUAACAGCAAAAGUAGGAGAAGCAGGAAUAGAGACAGAAGCAGAAGGAGAAGUAGUAGUAGAGCUAGAAGGUGAGCCCGAAACAGAAACAGAAGCAACAAAAGCUACAACAACACCAACAGCAAGCAGCAUACCAAAAGAAAACGAACAGAGCCCAAAGCAGAAUAGUGCGUCGCACGCUAGCAGCAACAGCAGCAGCGACGCUGAAGACGAAGCUGACGGCGACGCCGACGUUGACGUUGACGUCGACGUUGGCCUUGAGGCGCCAAAGCCACGUUAUUACGGCGCUGGCGUUGUUCUAACGCAAGCCCAGCGCAAAGAAUAUCCACACGAACGUCUUAGCAAAGAGAAAGUGCUAAACGCUGAUUCCGUCGCUGACGCUAACGUUGACGUUGACAGCGGCAACAGCAACGGUAACAGCAGCAGCGGCGAUACUGAUGACAGCGACUCCGAUGACGGUUGCAAAUUGAUUGUGGACGAGAAGCCACUGCUACCAAUUGAACAGCCGUUGUCGCUGCGCAUGCGCAGCAGCCCGCCCACAGCAGAGCAGCGACCGAGUCCGCCGCCACCGCGUAUACCCGCCGUUCGUUGCAGCGUCAUACAGCGUGCGCCGCAGAGCAGCGAAAGCAACAGCAGCAGUAGCGAACUGUUAUACAAACAGCAGCAGAGGGAACAGCAACAGCAGCAGCAGCAACAACUGUUAUACCAGCGCACGCUCGACCUCGAGCAAUUGGGACCCGAGCAGCAGGAGCCAAUCGAUUAUCACGUGCCGCGGCAGCGCAGCGCCAGCUACGACAGCGACGACGAGUUGAACGCGCGCCGCUUGCAGCGGGCACGACGCGUACGUGAAGCCCGGCGUCGCAGCAGCUACUUGGCAGCGCGUGUGCUGCAGCUGAAUCCGCGCCUGGUGCGCAGUCUGCCGGGCAUUUUGGCAGCGGCCGCUGGACACGGACGCAGCAGCAACAGUAGCCAGGGCUUCCAAGCGAGCAACGGCUUUAGCCAGGGCGGCGGCGGCAGCGGAGGCGGCGGUAGCAGCAGCGGCGGCGGCAGCGGUGCUGGCAGUGGCGCCGGCAGCGGCGGCAGCGGUAGCUUUGGCAGCGGUGCCGGCGGCGGUGGCAUGGGCGGCGGCCGUGACGGACGCGGCAACUACGGACCCAACUCACCGCCCAGCGGCGCAUUGCCGCCAUUUUACGAGAGCCUAAAGAGCGGCCAGAGCAGCGGCAGCGGCAGCGGCAGUGGCAGCGGCAUCGGCGUUGCUGUUGACGCGCACAGCAAUUCGCAAUUUCUCAUACAGAACGCAGCUGCGGCAGCUUAUCUAAUGUCCAAUCAACAGUAUAACUGUAAUGGAGGCGGCGGCGGCGGCGGAGGAGCCGACGGCAGCGGUGGAGGAGCCGGUGGUGGAGGAACUGGUGGAGGUGGAGCUGGUGGAGCCGGCGCUGUUGGUCUUGAUGCUUAUGGCAUCAUAUUGAAAGAUGAGCCCGACAUUGAGUACGACGAGGCGAAGAUCGACAUUGGAACCUUUGCCCAGAAUAUCAUACAGGCCACCAUGGGCAGCGGCGUUGGCAGCGCAGCGGCAGCGGCUGCUGCUGCGGCCGCCGCUGCUGCUGCGUCGGGCAAUAGUUUUGCGGCGAGCGCAUAUGAGGAUGCGAUCAUGAACGAUUUGGCUGGCAGCGGCACUGGCGGCGGCGUCGGCGUCGGCAGCGGCGGCCAAUGCACAAAUGGCGGCAGCGGCGGCGUUGAUCCGUUGCAGUUUACCGCUACACUGAUGCUCAGCUCGCAGACGGAUCAUUUGCUGGAGCAGCUGUCGGAUGCUGUGGAUCUCAGUUCGUUUUUGCAGCGCGGCUGCGUCGACGUCGACGACGACGACGAGCACUCGACGAACAACAACAGCCCCGCCCACCAUCAGCGGGCGGACUUUGAACUGGUGUCGACGCCAUCGUUGACGCCCGACUCGGAUGCGGUCUCGGUGACGCCGCAUGCUGCUGUCCAAUUGGAUGCACUGCACGAGAAUCUGUUGACGCAGCUCACCAACAAUAUGACGCGCAACGGCAGCAACAGCAACAACAACAACAACAAUGGCAGCGGCGGCAACAAUGUUUAUAAUGCGCCGCAACAUGUUGCCCCGCAGCAUUUGCAGCAACAUGUUGUGAACGCACAGCAGCAACAGCAGCAGCAGCAACAUUUGCAGCAGCCGCCGCCCUCGUACCAGCAUGCCACGCGCAACCUGUUGCAGAUGCAGCAGCAGCACACUGGCAACAACAAUAGCAACGGCAACAGCUACCAUCAGCAGCAGCUGGCCCAGCAGCAACAGCAAUUGCUGCAGCAGCAGCAGCAACAACAUCAUACACACCAUCAGCAGCAGCAGCAGCAACAGCAUUUCCAUCAGCAACACAAUAUGUAUGCACAGCAGCAGCAUCAUCAUGCCCAACAGCAGCAGCAGCAGCAACAGCAGCAGCAUCAUUUCCAUCAGCAAGCCGCAGCAGCAGCAGCUGCUGCUGUUGCCGCUCUCCGUCCCAUGUCCAGCAGCAGCAGCAGCAGCUCCAAUCUGCUCGAUGCCAACACGGCGGCGGUUGCUGCAGCCGCAUUGCUUGACACCAAGCCGCUGAUACAAAGCGUAAGUUCUAACAAUAUCUUAAAGAUCAACAGCAACAGCAGCAGCAGCAACAACAACAACAAUAACAACAGCAGCAGCAGCAGCAGCAACAACAGUGCUGAGUCACCAGCUGAGCCGGUGACCUAUAUGCUGCUUAACAGCAGCAACUAUUUUAGCUACAACAACAACAGCACUGUCAACAGCAACAACAUUACCAACAUCAGCAGCAAUGGCAACAGCAACAGCAGCGGCAGCAGCAGCAGCAGCAGCAACAUUAGCACCAGCAACAUUAGCACCAGCAACACCAGUGCAAAGUUAGGCGGCCGCUCAAAGGCCGCUACCUAUGGCUCCACUGUGGUCACGAUCUACUCGACAGUGAAGCCAUCGCCCGAGAUGCCCGCACAGCGGCAGGUCCAUCGCGCCACACUGCGUUCGCUUGCCACCGAAGCGGCGGCCACAGCAGCGGGUCUGUUGCCGCCGUCGUCGACCAUUUCGGUGAUCAAUGAGAGCAAAAUGCUGCAGCGGCUGUUGGGUCUACCGCCUGAUCUACAGCUGGAGUUCGUGAACGGAGGCCAUGGCAUUAAGAAUCCGCUGGCCGUGGAGAAUACGCAUGGCGGACAUCAUCAUCAUCGCAUACGCAACAAUAUGGAUUGCAUUGAAGAUCUCAAGCAUGGCCAGCAGCAGCAGCAGCAGCAACAACAGCAGCAGCAACAGCAGUCGCUGCAACACCAGCAACAAUUGCUGCAACAGCACUCGCCACAGCAGCAGCAGCACUCACCGCAGCAACAGUCGCUGCAACAGCAUUUGGUACUCAGUCAACAGCAGCAGCAGCACGGCAACAGCAGCCAUCAUCGCAGCAACAAUAACAACAGCAGCAGCAGCGUCAGCAGCAACAGCAGCAAUCAGGGCGACUCGCUCUGCCCCAGCAACAACAGCGGCGCCGAGGAUGCCAACAACAAGUUCGUCUGCCGUGUCUGCAUGAAGACCUUCUCGCUGCAGCGUCUGCUCAAUCGCCACAUGAAAUGCCACUCGGACAUCAAGCGCUAUCUGUGCACGUUCUGCGGCAAGGGCUUCAACGAUACCUUCGACCUGAAGCGCCACACGCGCACCCACACGGGCGUGCGUCCCUACAAGUGCAACCUGUGCGAGAAGAGCUUCACGCAGCGCUGCUCCCUCGAGUCGCACUGCCAGAAGGUGCACAGUGUGCAGCAUCAGUAUGCCUACAAGGAGCGACGCGCCAAGAUGUACGUUUGCGAGGAAUGCGGCCACACGACCUGCGAACCGGAGGUCCACUAUCUGCAUCUGAAGGACAAUCAUCCGUUUUCGCCGGCCCUGCUCAAGUUCUACGAUAAGCGUCACUUUAAGUUCACCAAUUCGCAGUUCGCGAACAAUUUGCUCGGCCAGCUACCGAUGCCGGUGCAUAACUAACAAAUUAACUGAACCUAAACAAAACUAAACUAUAGAUGUAUACACAAAAUGAGCUAGGAAUAACUUAACUUAAAAUCUAAGGUAAACUAACUGAAAACAGAAAACGUAAUGCAAAUUCAACUUUAAGCUGAAGUUUUAUGAAAACUGCCCCACGAAAAUGGAGAGAUUAUGUUUUGUACAUUUAUAAUACAACAUGAUAUCACCCAUAUAUAUCUAUGUAUACAUAAGUCUAU